AUGUUAGGUAGACAAUUAAAAUCCGUUUUAGCACUUGCUAAGCUAAAACACAAAUAUCAGGUAUUAUAAAGGUGCUAACACUUUCAAAAUUUGAAUGUUAGUUAUGCUAGUUAGUUUUGUUUUUCAACUACAGAGCAAAAGAGUAGCUCAAAUAAAACUGAUAAAAAUAUUGAAUGGUAGAUAAAGCAAUUAAAUUCUACCAAAAAUAAAGAAAAAUAUUUUUAGCAAGAAAUUGUAUCAUCACUUUAGAAUUUAGAUUCUAAUAUUGUGUAGGAAUUAUUGAGAUGCAUUGAAGAUUAUUCUUUGAAUAAGCUAUCCUUAAUUAAUCUUCUUUAAAACAGUUUAUUUAAAGCAUACAAGAUGAAUGAUCUAGAAAUCAAAUAUGUCUAGCAAAUAUUUAAAGAAUCUUCGAAUCCUUCUAAGUUAAAUGAAUAUUUAUAAAUUGUUGAGUUUCUAAUGGAUGAACAAAAUGAGGAGGUUCAGAAAAUUCUUUAAAAUCUUGAAAUUCGCUAAUUUUAGAAAGAUUUUAAUAAAAUUUUGAUUGAAAAAAAAGAUGAUGUAGAAUUAAACCAAAUUAUUAAGUGGAUUAAGUUUUUCUAAUAAUAUGAUCAAUCUACUGAUAUGAAUGGUAUUAUAAAUGAAAAAGCAUUUGAUGAACUUUACGACUACAAUGCUAAUGAGUGGCUUGAAAUAUUAAAAAUUUACAAAAAAAGUGGUAAUAUAGAUAUUGAGUUGCUGUAAUAAAUGGAUAAGGCACUUUAAUACGAAUCAGAGCUUUUAUAUGAAGAUAGUAAACUGUUUUGCAAGUAUAUUUAAAUUUGCGCUUCAAAGGAUUUUAAACCUUCAAAAGUCUUAGAAUAUUAACAGUAGUUGAAAAAAAUUAUUAUUGAAAAUAAAAAAUUAAUAGCCACUUCAUAUUUAGAAACAGUAUAAUUUUUUGAUAAAGAAUAUGUGUAGAGUGUUUUUACAGAAUUAAAAAGUGUCACUAGUACUCAAAAUAUAGAAAAUAGCAUUUAAUCAAAAGAUAUAUUAAUACAAUUUGGGGUCAUUCCUGAUCCAUAUGCAGAUUUGAAAGUAAUUUUAGCUAAUAAAAAUAAUGAUUAGCUAUACAAUUAUAUCCUGAAGAGAAUAAAUGAAAAAUCAUAAAAAGAACAUGCACUUUAGAUUGAGGAAUUAUUUUUAAUUACUAAAUAUAUUUAUGAAACAAGUAUGAUGAAGAGAAAUAGUGAUUUUAAAAAUCUUAAUCUUCCUAAUAUAAUUACAGAAAAAGAGUAAAAAAUACUAGAUUAAAUGAUGCAAAUUGUUAAUCGCUUUAUGAAAGAAAAAGCUUUUAAAAAAGUUAAUUCUUUAAAACAAUUUUUAGAAGUCAGCUGCAUAAGCUACUUUAUGGGAUUCAUAAAGCAGUAAUAAGAAUGUUACGAUGCUUUAUCUCCUCAAUAUUUAAAGUAGUUCUAAAGUGUUUUUAUAUUUCCUUUAAUAAUCUAAUUCGGAAAGUAUAAUAAUGAAUUACUGUUCAAUUUAAUUCCAACUUAUUCAUAGUAUAUUGUAAACAAAUAUAUUACAAGAAAUUAAUUAACUUUAAAUGAGGCCUUACAAAUUAUGAAAAAUUUACAUGAAAUAAAGGAUGUUUAUAUUGAUUAAAAUGCUAAAUAUCACUAUAAAGAGUUUAUUUAUGGUGUAAAAGCUAUUUCAAGAUUAGUUAUCAGCACUUUCUAAAUGAGGAUAUAUGCUAACUACAAUGAUAUUAAACAAAAUAAAAAAGCCUAUGAAAACUUUUUCAUGGAAUAAAAGGAAACUAAGUGGGAAACUCAGAAAGAAAAAAUUGAAAUCUCUUAGGAUCUUACUUAAGAGGAAUUAAAUUAAUUACUAUAAGUAUUUUAUUUAGCCAACGAUAUGAAUAUUGGCAGUAAGCAAUUUUAUGAUUCUAUGGAGUAACUAGUUGUUUAGUAUUAUGACAAGUUUGAUUUUAAUUAGAAGGCUUUGGCUACUUACAUAAUAUCGACUUUAGAAGUUUAGAAUGAAGAUAUUGAAAAGAAAGUAGAAUAAACCAUCUAAUCUUCUUCAGAUUUCAGCCUUGAAUAGGCAGUUCAAUUUUUAUCUUACUUGACAGCAAGAUACUCAUUGAAUGAAGACCUAUGGAAAAAGUUGAUUAAUAUUAUUUAGAGAGAAGACAACCAAGGGAAGAUUUUAUAAUUAAAGUCUGAAUACAAAAUUAGCCUUUAUUUAAGCCGUGAAUGCUUGUUACUUGAGUAAGGUCAUAUUUCUUUUCCUAUGAAUCAAGAAUCUAUUGAUCACUUAAAAAGGAUAUUUGACUAAAAUUAAUUAUAAAUGGUCAGUAAGGAAACAGCAUUCACUGAGGCCAUACAAUACUUCUUAAAUAGAAUGGGUUACUUCCAUGAGACCAAUUAGCAAGCUUCAAUAUUUAGAUACUAAUUUUCAAAAUUAGAUGAAAAUAAUUUAAUCAUUGCUUAAGACAAAUUUAGUUUUAUUGGUGAUACAAAGACUCUAAGAUCUUAUAGCUCUGUAAUGAUAAGAAUGUUAAUGAAAAAAAAUUAUAAACUAAAAAUAUUUAAUGUAUAUGACUGGGCCAGCAAAGAAAAAAGAAGUGAGAAAAUAGCCUACUUUAGAUCAAAAGUUAAGGGUAUGUCUUAUGACCCAGAAAAACAAAAAAAGAAAACUUAUUUUAAUUUCUGA